AUGAAAGUAGCAAGCUUGUUUUUGGCAAUUGCUCUAAAAUUCACACUAACCUUAACUCAACAAAUCACACAAGACACAGUAGAUUAUGGGACAAUAGAUAUUGGGGUAGGUGAUAUAGACAUAAAUCCAAAUGUGUACUACUCUAUCAUAAAUAAUGCCAUUACAGCUAUUGUCGGCAGUCUUAACGUUGGAGACGGAGGUGGGUUUUAUAUCAGUAGUGUAUCUAAUCUUAUCGGUUUGGAUGUCACUUUAACAGGUGGCAAUGUAUUCAAUAAUGGUACUAUUUCUUUCAAUUCUGUGGCAUCCAUUCUUCCAAGUACUUAUAUCAUCACUACUUUAGGAAGUUUUGUUAAUGAUGGUGAUUUCUAUAUGGGUUCAAAUGGAGCUAUAGGUUCUGGUGUUUUCACUAUCAAUUCACCAGUUGUCACGAACAAUGGGUUAAUGGUUUUCUAUCAAACACAAAAUAAUGGUGGUCAAGUGAUCUUAGGUGGAACAAACUUAUUAAAUGGUAUUACUAACAAUGGACAGAUUUGUUUAUACAAUGAAUUAUAUGAACAACUCUCUGAUAUUGAUGGUACAGGAUGUAUUACGACGCAAGCAAACUCUACCGUCUUUGUUUCUAAUCCUUUGGCUAACAUAGGCGGCCAAACUAUCUAUUUAGCUGAUGGUCAAUCAUCUGUUAUUGCUAAUCCCCUUCUUUCAGGAAAUCCAAUUAAUGUUGCUGGAUUUGGUAAUGGAAAUAUGGUUGCUUUGAGUACAACGUUAGUUCCCAACGUCCUCGGAGUUACUAGACCUUAUGCGUAUAAUACACAAAAUGGACAGUUGACACUUUAUGGCUUAACAGGUUCUCAGGUUUUCAACAUUGGUACAGGGUAUGAUGCCAAUGAUUUCGCAGUUACAACAGAUUGGGAUGCCGUUGCCGAUGGUGUAAUUCUUCCUUUUAAUGCAGUUACAUACAAUGGACCAGUACCAAAUCCAAGUUUACCAAGUAAUUGUGCAUUAUGUAAUACCCUUCCAGCCAUUCCUGGACUAAACGGAACAGAUUACACAACUACUGUAACUACUACAGAAAAUGGUCAAGUAUGUACAGAUAUUGAAGAGGUAGCUGUAACAUCAGAUUCACUGGGAAAUUUCUAUAAUACUACCAUUCUCAUUUCCGCUUACUGCAGCUCUACAGAAUCAACUGCAUUAUCAUCAUCCAGUGAAGCCAGUUCAUCAUCCAGUGAAGCCAGUUCAUCAUCCAGUGAAGCCAGUUCAUCAUCUAGUGAAGCCAGUUCAUCAUCCAGUGAAGCCAGUUCAUCAUCUAGUGAAGCCAGUUCAUCAUCCAGUGAAGCCAGUUCAUCAUCCAGUGAAGCCAGUCCAUCAUCUAGUGAAGCCAGUCCAUCAUCCAGUGAAGCCAGUUCAUCAUCCAGUGAAGCCAGUUCAUCAUCCAGUGAAGCCAGUCCAUCAUCUAGUGAAGCCAGUUCAUCAUCCAGCUCUACUGGAUAUACUGCCAAGGCCACUUCUACUCUUUCUAAUGGAAUCGUUACUACUGAAUCUGCUGAAGUAAUAGUUUCUACUAAUUCUGAGGGAGUUUGGUACACUACUACCUCAAUCAUUGAAAAAUGUUCAUGCUCAGAAUAUACAACUACUAUUGUGACAACUGAUACAGUUGGUGUUCCUUGCACUUCAUCAGGUGUGGUAAUUAUUACAACUAAUGAUAAAGGAGAAUAUUAUACAAGCACUUCUAUUAUUGGAACCAAAGGAAACAGCAUUUACACCACUACCAUAGUAACAACUAAUACUGUCGGAGUUCCAUGUACAGAAACUGGAGUUGUUAGUGUAGGAACUGACUCUGAGGGUCAUGAAUACACUAGUACCAGCUUUAUAUCUGGAAAUAGUGUAGUUUCUGCUUUCACAACAACAAUUAUUAAGGGAAGUACCGAGGGAGAGGAAUCAACCCAGAUAGCUAAUAUAGUUGUUAAAAGUGGAAGUGAAGGUAGUCUUUACACCUCUACUUAUAUUAUCGGUGAAGCAACUGCUGGAGGAGAAAUUGUUGGUACAACUGAGGCAUCACAAGCAAGUGAAACGGAUAUUUCUACAUCUUCUAGUGCAACUUCUCCAGAAUCAACUGUGGCAGCUCAAGAGGGCUCUUCCAACAGAAACCAAGGUUCAAUUUUAUUUACAUUAAUUGUAAGUUUGGUUUUCACUUUUUUCAUUUAG